GCUAAAAAUGAUUGAGCUUAUAUGUGAAUCAUCAGAAAGCAAGCAGUAUACCAUUUAAAAAUCAUUACUGCUAUAAUCUAAAAUGGUCGUUGACCAACAUAUUCAUAUAUUAAGGGAAAAAAAAUGAAAGCUUAUCUUUGGCACAGAAGAGUUAGAAUUAAUAUCACAUCAUGUAAAGUGACUGCCAUCCACCCUAAUGUGAAACUGAAUACUGAUUCCUUUUAAAAAAAAUCUUGUAAACAUUUUUCUCAGUACAUACAGUGUAUUUGACAUUAAGGAAUAGCACAUGACUAAACCCUUGAUAAGGUUUAAGUAAUUUUUACUGAGCACCUAUUACGAGAAUCUGAAAUAUUCACUAAUUAGUUAAUUUCUAGGCAUCAAAAGCCUUACCCUUUGGAGGGCUAUUUUUUUUUUUUGAAAGAUACUGAUUAAUGACCUAUGUGAUCAGUAAACAGUGACUUCUGAGAUAGUUUUAAAACCUAGGGCAAGAAAAAGUUACUAAUACAGGAAAAGGAAUAAUUAGGAAUAAGAUAGCAUGGGUCUCUUUCAGAAUCAAGGGCAGUGGAAGAACUUUAUGUUGCUGUCUAGAUGACCAUGUCUGUUGUCUUAGGUGACUGAAAGUUUUAGCUGUUGACAGAGGCACCGUUAUUGGCUGUGUCUAAGUGUUAGCAAAGCAGUCACAAAAUGGUAGCUGACAAGACCAUUAUGACCAAAGCCAUUAUGACCACCUGGGAAAAACAACAAAACAUUAAAUGGCAACUAAAACUAACUUAGGGAAGAACUUCUAUUGUCUGUAUUUAUGGAAUGGGCAACAUCUUAUUUUUCUCACUUGUAAAAUGUGAACUAAACAACUUAAGCACAUUUUAUUAAAAGACGUGGACACUAUUUUUGAAUGUAAAUUAUGCCGCAGUCUCUUCAGAGGAUUACCAAAUUUAAUUACCCAUAAAAAAUUCUAUUGCCCACCAAGUCUCCAGAUGGAUGACAACCUUCCUGAUGUAAAUGAUAAACAAAGCCAAGCCAUAAACGAUCUCCUAGAAGCCAUAUAUCCAAGUGUGGACAAGCGAGAAUAUAUUAUUAAGCUAGAACCCAUAGAAACUAAUCAAAAUGCAGUGUUUCAGUAUAUUUCAAGGACUGAUAAUCCUACUGAAGUCACAGAGUCAAGCAGUACUCCUGAACAGACCGAAGUUCAGAUACAGGAAACUAGCACUGAACAGUCUAAAGCAGUACCAGUUCCAGAUGCAGAGGUGGAAACUGUGGAGCCCCCUCCUGUUGAGAUUGUUGCAGACGAAGUUGCGCCUGCAUCUGAUGAGCAACCUCAGGAAUCACAGGCUGACUUGGAAACGUCUGACAAUUCUGAUUUUGGUCACCAGUUGAUAUGUUGUCUUUGUAGAAAAGAAUUCAAUUCCAGACGAGGUGUUCGUCGUCACAUUCGAAAAGUACACAAGAAAAAGAUGGAGGAACUAAAAAAGUACAUUGAAACGCGAAAGAAUCCAAACCAGUCCUCUAAAGGACGCAGUAAGAAUGUUCUAGUUCCAAUAAGUAGGAGUUGUCCAGUGUGUUGUAAAUCAUUUGCUACAAAAGCGAAUGUAAGGAGGCAUUUUGAUGAAGUUCAUAGAGGACUAAGGAGGGAUUCAAUUACUCCUGAUAUAGCAACAAAGCCUGGGCAACCUUUGUUCUUGGAUUCUGUUUCUCCUAAAAAAUCUUUUAAGACUCGAAAACAAAAGUCGUCUUCAAAGGCUGAAUACAAUUUAACUGCAUGCAAAUGCCUCCUUUGCAAGAGGAAAUAUAGUUCACAAAUAAUGCUUAAAAGACAUAUGCAAAUUGUCCACAAGAUAACUCUUUCUGGAACAAACUCUAAAAGAGAGAAAGGCCCUAAUAAUACUGCCAGCAGUUCAGAAAUAAAAGUUAAAGUUGAACCAGCAGAUUCUGUAGAAUCUUCACCCCCUUCCAUUACCCAUUCUCCACAGAAUGAAUUAAAGGGAACAAAUCAUUCAAAUGAAAAAAAGAACACACCGGCAGCACAGAAAAAUAAAGUUAAACAAGACUCUGAAAGCCCUAAAUCAACUAGUCCGUCUGCUGCAGGUGGCCAGCAAAAAACGAGGAAACCAAAACUUUCAGCUGGCUUUGACUUUAAGCAACUUUACUGUAAACUUUGUAAACGUCAGUUUACUUCCAAACAGAACUUGACUAAACACAUUGAGUUGCACACAGAUGGGAAUAACAUUUAUGUUAAAUUCUACAAGUGUCCUCUUUGCACUUAUGAAACGCGUCGGAAGCGUGAUGUGAUACGACAUAUAACUGUGGUUCAUAAAAAGUCAUCCCGCUAUCUUGGGAAAAUAACAGCCAGUUUAGAGAUCAGAGCUAUAAAGAAGCCCAUUGAUUUUGUUCUAAAUAAAGUGGCAAAAAGAGGCCCUUCGAGGGAUGAGGCAAAACAUAGUGAUUCAAAACAUGAUGGCACUUCUAACUCUCCUAGUAAAAAGUAUGAAGUAGCUGACGUUGGUAUUGAAGUAAAAGUCACAAAAAACUUUUCUCUUCACAGAUGCAAUAAAUGUGGAAAGGCAUUUGCCAAAAAGACUUAUCUUGAACAUCAUAAGAAAACUCAUAAGGCAAAUGCUUCCAAUUCACCUGAAGGAAACAAAACCAAAGGCCGAAGUACAAGAUCUAAGGCUCUUGUCUGGUGAGGAACAGUUACAGAGUUUUGCUUUUUUCCCCCCAUCGAACUAAAAAAAUAUUUGACCAUAAUUUAUAGCUGGUUCCAUUUUAACACGUUUGCUUCCAUAUAUCUUAUGGCAGUGGGAACUGCAAGAGUAAUGUGCAUAUUGCAUUUACCUCUUCAGUGACCUUUAUUCCAGUGGCUUGGGAACAAAAGUUAACUUCAGAACUUAUCUUCCACAGGACAAUGCAAUCUAGUUGUAGGUAGAUGGCACAGGGUCAGUGCUUUCCUCUCAAUGUUGUAAAAUAUAUACAUUUAUAUUGGCUUAUGUUUACAAUAGAAGUCUUCUGUUUAACUAACUUUGCACAGGUUUAAUUUGAUUUAGUGACCUAGUCUACUAAUUAAUACAUUGUAGGAAAAGUUUAAAUAUAUUAGAAUGAAUUUGUGAAGGCGAUAAUUAGAGAAAAAAGUCUUUUGAGGCACUGUAAUUAUUGUAAAAAUUAAUCUGUGACGGCUAAAUAAAGUGCUGCACUCAGAAAAAAAAAAUCCCCAAAUUGAAUUUAGAACAGUUAGCAUUUAUUAUUUACAUUUAACAUAGUGCUUCCAGUCAAAGGGGAAAACUUGAUAGACAAAAGUUUGGAUUUUUUUUUUCCUUCUCCUUGGGAGUAUGUGUUAAUUACUGUUUUUAGUUUUGAUCUGUGGAAAAAGUGAUUAUAUAGGUUCCAAAUCUUACUUUUCCCUUUUUGUUUUCAAUAGACUUUUUGUGAUCAUUUCAACAUAGUUUGUAUUAUUAAGUAGGGGUUUUUUGUUUUGUUUUGUUUUGGUUUUGUUUUGUUUUGGUUUUUUUGUGGUUGUGCGUUGUAAGAAGAGGAAAAUCCCUAUUGGGAAGAAAGAAAAAAGUUUUUACUUUUUUAGAAGGUUUUGGAAUAAGUGUAGAUUUUUAAAAUGCAAUAUAAAAUAAGGAGUAGACUCCCUGUACUUGUUUUUGCAAGUCUCUCUAUAUUUUUUAAAGUUUACCCUCAGUACCUGUUUCCCUGUAUUAAGGCAUUUAAUAUAUUUAAUUAGUAUUAAAUUAGUUUUGGAUUCAGGUUCGAAAGCAGUAUACUUAGUUUGAGUGCUGAGUAGGUUAAAUGUUGUGGUUUGAGUAUCACACAUUUUUUUAUUUGUGUGGAAACUUGAGAUGAAAUCAUCCUUUAGAAGUCAUUUACUAUUGUAUAAUUUUAAAAACAAGGUUUUAUUGGUAAACUCAAAAGUGUUCAUUUAUUCCCAUUUCUCCUCAGAUAACUUCAAGUGAUGUACGAAAAGGUUUGGCGUUCAUUUUUGUGGAAAGACUUUAAAUUGGUGUUAGAACCACUAAACGUCUUCAAAUGGUACUAUGAGAAAAAAAAAAAAGGAAAAACAAUUUCAUAAAUAUUCGACUGUAACUGCUGUUUUCUGACUAAAAUAAUAACCAUCUAACCACUCGUUUCUAAGGCACUGCCUCUCCCAGCACUUUCAAGUAGCCCUGACAUUACAUAUUGUCAUCACAGUCCAUCAGCUAACCACCCUUGACCUUGUGCAUUUGGUCUGCAGUUUCUACAAAAACAUUGCAAAGUUUGUUUUCCAAACAAUUUGUUGAUGAAAGCUUUCAACAACCUGAAGAAUAUAUAUCACCACUGGUGAUUUUUAAUUGACAGAAAGACUAUAUCUUAGUGAUUUUAGUUUUGUUUCAUUUUAUUCGGCAAAAUUUUCAUCUGGAUUGUACAGAUAUAUUUCCUAGUGAGUGUAUGUUAGGACCAAAAGAGAAAUUAGUAUCAACAUAUUAUAAAUAUUUAGCCUACUAAAUAUUUGUAAUUAUUCUUACAUUCAUUUAUUUCUAACUUGUUCUCCAGCACUUAAAUGUUUGAAAGUUUCAUUCUAAAAUACAUACUACAGGAAAGUUCCAGUUCAUUUUCAUCCAUGGAUCCUUACAUUUUUUAUUUGUAAACAUCUGAGGUUUUUAUGAAAAUUAAGCAUUCCCCUUUUUUUCUUUAAAUUUUAUACAAAGCACUUUAAUAAUAGAUGCAACUUAAUUUUUCAGUUUCUUUUUUUCUUUUUUUUUUUUAAAGACCACACAUAUACUAAUGUUAAUAUGAAGGUAGUAAAUAGCUUACUGAUGUUUUAUGGAUGCGGACAAUCCAUGCACAACCACUUCUUAUGAUAUUAGUUUAUUUCUUUAAAUAUUGCUUAAAAAAGGAAGAUGGGAGUGUAAACCCUGAAUUUUUUCUCCCAAGUAAAAUCUUAAAUGACUACUUUAGAUGAUAUUUGAUUCCUACUGUAAAAUUUGGAAAAUAAUGAAUUCUUGUCCAUUUUUGUAAUCAAGAUUUUAGGAAAACAGAAGUACAUCUAUCUUUAUGAAAUAUUGGGCAGGUUUUUGUGUAUCAAUAUUUUGUACUUUUUAGGAAAAAUUUUAUUUUUUAGUAAUUUUUGUCAAAUUAUAAUUUUAAAAGGUACAGCAGAGAAUAUACCAUGUUUUUAUAUAGGUUCGCACCUGUACUUAGGAGGGACCCUGUCCAUCUAUAUACUUUUUGUAUAAAAUUUUAAAAUGUUGAAGAUCCACAAGGUCAUAAUAAAAUGCUUCUAUAGCUAGAAAAACAUUUACCCUUCCCAGUGCUUUGCACUAAAAUAUACUGUGAAAGGAAACUAGAAAGACUGUAACUGUUGCUGGAAAUGUUCUAUAUUGAAUGUACAUGCUCUUGUUGGAAAAAUGUACUAUAUGUGAUGGAAAUAAACCAGACUCAAAGUUAUUUCAGCUAAAUGUGCUUCAACAAAGGUGCAUUGGUUGAAACUUAAAUGUUUUAUCAAAUUUAAGUUUAUUCAGUGACUAUGAGCAGCUACACUUGAAUUAUACCCUGAUAGUUUUAUUUUUAAGAAUUAGAGUGAUGAUUUCUCUUUAAUUUAAAAACAGAUUUACUUUUCCACAUAUGGAAAGCUUGUACUUAUAGAUCUAACUUUAAUGAUUAAUAGCAUAAUAUAUUUAGGGAACUAAAUGUGUAGGUGGUAUUUCAUUUUUAUAAACCAUCUUCAUUAGUUGCACAUUAUUAAAUCUGUAUGUUUGACUUUUGCAAGGUGUUAUCUUUUAUGCAUUCUUACACACAAGACAUAUUCCAAAGAUAUUUUCCAGACUUAAGUACCUACAACCAGUGAAAAGUAUUCCUAAAAAGCUGGGGGUGACUCUUUCCUGUAGCCCCUCAUUUGCAUGUCAGCUUCUUGCUCUCUACUUUACUUUUUAAAUACUGUAGGAAAGAAAGAAAAAUAGCCUAAUGAGAGUGGAGGGGAGCACAAUUGUUGGAAUUCCUUUACUGCAGCUCACCUAUUUUUGCAGUACCAUUCACAGUUUGUCUCCUCCAUCGUGACUCUAGGGCCACAGAGUGGAGGAAUUGAGGAUUCCAAGGACUGUCAAAAGGUUUCAUCUGGGUCAUAGAUUUCCUAGAGAGAAUUUGCCUAUCAUAGUAGACAAAUUAAUGGAUUAUGGCAGAUGAGUUAGAGGCUAAACCAGGACAAGUUUAGAAAGGUAGAAUGAACAAGAAGUGAUUAGAAAUUCUUUGUUCUUCCUAUUUCUUUCUGGUCUUCAUCCUUUUUGGUUUUAUUUUGAGUCUUGAGCUCUGUCUUUUCAGAGGGCUCAGGCCUGAGGCUCUUGAGAACAGUCCUAGGAAAUUUGUGCCAGAAGCUUUUCUGCAUGCAGGCUAUAUAAACAAAUAUUUAUAGCACCUUUUUGUUGUGGGGAUAGGUAGUUAAGCAGACAAAGAGCCAUCACAAACUGCUUGUUUUAUAUUAAAACCUAUUUCUGGCUACAAGUUAUAUCUAUCUACCUUUGCUGUUAUUUGAUCGAUCAAGAGUUUUCCUAUAGAAUUCAACUCAUCUUAUUUCCUGAGAUACCUUCCAUAUCUAAGUGCAGCGGAAGAGGAGAAACAAUAAAAAAUAUGGCUCGCAUUUCAACUUCAUAAUUUUGGAUAGUGCAGGAGAGAGCUCGAUGAGUUAUGGCUGACUCUGGGCAGGUGUUCAUUAGAACAUACAGUUAAACCUUGAAUGCAUAAUAACCUUUUUUGUUUUUGCUUUGUCCAUGUCUCUCUCUUUUCCCCUUUCCUCCCUACUUCAGGAAGAAAACUUCCUUCUUGAAAAAUAUAUACAUUCUUGCAGAAUAUAUAAAUUACCCAUCCUUAAUUUUUGUCCUACUUUUGUAGAUAUGAGCUAAGUUUUUGGUUGACACAGAUUGCUGGUAUUAUUGGAAAGUGCCUUUUUUUAGGAAUAUGUAAUACUGCUUUAUGACCAAUAGGCUGUUCUACUCAGUUUGCUUUAAAGAGCCUAUGGAUGGAGUCACAGGGGAUUUUGUGGUUUUGCUAUGGUUUUAGACUCUGGGUAUGGACAGAGGAGUUUCUCAAUAGGUAUGGAGUUUUAGGCACGAGUGGGUAUCAUUUCCUGUUGUGAAGUUGCAAAACAUCUUUUCAAAUAGCAUGACCACUGAAAAAGAAAUGCUUUUUUUAAACUUUAGAAAUUAGAUUUCCAGGUUUCCUGGAAAUAUUCUAGAUCCUUACUUAGGAGUUUUAGAAGGUACCUUUUUAAUGGAAUCUGAAGAUUACCAGGAUUCUGCCUUAGCUGUGGCUCUCAUAGUUGAUCAGAAGCCGAGCUCUAGGAUAUGUGCAAUAUGAUGUUGGCUGUUCCGUUAGACAAAAUCCUUCUGUACCCUAUGCUAUUUUUUCCUUCUUCUCUGACUUUAAAAGCUAACAGAAACCUCAGGAUUGGAAGGAGUAAGGAUCAGCAGUCUUAAGAAUAGCCAUUACUCGUUUGGUUUCUAAGGCAUUAGGUGCAUGAUAGAAUGCUGAAUAAAAUAUGUUUCGCUUAAACUCACCUGUAAUUAUUUUGGCUUUUCUAACUUUGAACUUCAUUCCUCCUCUCACUUAGAAUUUGUUUCUGUACCAUUUUACCCUGAAUUCUUUUCUGAAUUUCUGGCUCUUUCCUUUUUUCUCCUCUGGUUAAUUAACAGAGAUCAUUAGUACCAAGAUAGACAAAAUGUUUUUUGAGAAGGUAAGAGGGUAGAAAGUCAGCUCAUUUCUUCUUUCAUUUUUAUCACUCUAAAUUCCCUUUGUCAGGUUUACUAUUUCUUUUUGAACUGCUUCUUCUGCAUGUAUUCACUACCACACCACAAGCAGAGGGGAACUUAAUGACGACCAUAGUUGUGUCUGGUUGGGAAAAUGCCCAAAGUUGGAGGUUUUGCUGUUUGUGUCCACUCAGCGGAGUUGAUUUGCUUAAUUGUGUAUUUUUUAAGUUGGGGACUAUUAUGUCUUAAUUUUGUUUAGUGCCUAGCACAUUUUCAUGUAUACCCAGGCACUUUAAGUAGAAACUUGAUAAUGAUAUUAAAGUAAAUGGUAGCCUUUUCCACCUUAAAUUUGUGCUGUCAGAUACUUUGAGACUUCGGGUCUUAAUUUCAUAAACUUUUAUUACCUCCAUGUUGAUUUUACUUACUUUAGAAAAUGCUACCAGUACUAAAAUGAGAGUUUGUAAUAAUGAACAGAACUGUUAGUAUUAGUUAGUAAUAAUGAACAUUCAUGGAGUGCUUACUUUAUGCCAAGCACUGUGCUAAUUCUUCCCAUGUCUAAUGCCUCUCAUCUACCAAGAAGAUCCACCAGUAAAAUCUGCCAAUAAGAACUGUUACUUCAUUAUCUCCAUUUCAUAGAAUAGGAAGUUGAAGCUUAGAGAAUUCAGUGAUUUACUUAAGUUUGCAUAGCUAGUAAAUUACAGAAUUGAGACUUGACACUAGAUCUGACUACAAAGCAUGUGCUCUUAAUCACUUAUUUGCAUAUUACCAUUUGCGAAGCACGUUCGCUACACUACCUUAUUGGCAGCUUAGUGUAAUGAUCUGGAGCCAGCUUGGUUGGUUAAAUUUUUGGAUCCACACAUUAUUUCCGGUAUGACUUUGUACAAGAUAAACAUUCUGUGCCCUAGUUGCCUCACCUAUGAAAUGGGGAUAGGGUUCUGAGGAUAAAAUGAAAAGUACGUGGAAAAUAUUUAGAAUAGUGUUUGGCAUGUUACAGUAAAUUUAGAUAUGGUUACUGUAAGUGAUUUUCAUAACAUUUUAAAAUGUGUAAUUUUUUUAUUACUACUUAAAGUUUAGAUUGAAAGGGGUGCAUUAGAAGAGAGAACUUUAUUGCUACACAUCAGAUUUUAACUGCUGCUUUAAUUGGGACAAUGAAGACACCUAACUAUUAUUAUUUGCUGUCCGUUUUCUUCUGAUCAGAUAUUACUAGUUUACCAUUCUUACUCAGAUUUUUCAUUUAUCUUGAAAAAGGUGAUUAGGUAGUUGUAAGCACAUUCAUUUUAAGUUAGGCUUUAUUUUUAUGGUUAUUCCCCAGAAUAACCCCUCUGUCUUAAAAUUCCCAUUAGUAUUUGCCCUAUCACACAAAUAUUUUAUUUUUGGUCAUGUGCAGAAUAUUGACAUGGAACAAAUAUUAACUGAGUAACAUAGCUGAAAUGUUUCUAUAAGACAAAAGUAUAUGUGCAGUACUAUAUGAAAGAAAGCUUCAAUUAUGGAACUAGUGGAUUCUUCAGGAAAGCAUGAUUUGGGCCAGUUCAGGAAUUUCGUUGUAAGUGUGCAUGAAGAGAUAAGAAGAAAUGGUACUUUUUCAAGAGUCUUGCCACUGGUAGUCAUUAGUGGCAGUGCUCCAAAUUUCAGCUGAGGCCCAAGUACUGUUAGAUUAUCUGCUGAGAGGGUUUACCCACACACCUGACUGUUCCUGAUUUUGCUUUUUUAACAAUAAGAUAGUAAAAAUUUUAGUAUUUAGGGACUUGUAUAAUUUGCAGCAUCAGAGAACUUUUGUCCCUAGGUUUGGAUGAACCUUCAUAUUCUGAACUUCAUAUGAAGUGCUAGGGUUCCAGCACCUGUUGUUAUGUGGCUUUUUAGUGAUUCAGAUACUCAAAUACUUGUGUCAGGUGUCUGGUACAUAUUCCUGGCACACGAAACACUAUAAUGUUUAAGGAAUAGAAUGAUAUCCUUGAAAAAAAAGCCAAACCAAAAUAAACCAAAAAACCCUCAUCCUGAAUGCUUGAGCAAUAAUAACUUGCACCCUAUCUGGGUGUCCCUGCUUUAUAUACUCUCGUAACACUUUAAAUACGAGAGUGUGUAAUGAUGUUAUGUCGAGGGGAAAGGUUAUUACACCAAAAUGAACCCCAAGUGCAUGGAACUGUUGUUACAACUCAGGUUUUGAAUAUUGGUUUUUAAUCUCUUCUAUCUGUGGGAUUAUCCUGAAAAUAGAUUAGCUCUGAGAAAUGGAACUGUGGCUUUUAGUCAGACUUACUUUCUAAGCUCUGCAAAAGUAUUUUUUAAAGAAGCUGAGACUCUUGCGUAGAUUGGUGCUUUGGUAGACUGAACCCUAAAAUACCUGCUGGUUGUGACUGGUAGCUUUGAUUUUGGAUAGAAAGGAAAGGCAAGGAAUAGUUUUCUUCUAAGAAAAAAAUAAUGAUGCACUAGGAAAAUACUGUGUGCACAAGUGAUUGAAUUAUAUGAAAAAAAUUAUACUUUUAGGGAAAGGAUUUUUUGUUGUUUUCUUGGAUUUUUGACAUACGAGUUGUUAGGGGCAUUUUGUAUAAGCUCUAGGAGAGUGGCUUUGUCAUUUUCAAACCUUUUGAUCAUUAGAUAUUUUUGGAAUUCAGUGUGUUGGGCAUUUGUAGAUGGUUGAGAGUUGCUGAGCUUCAUUCUCCUUUCCUUUGAAUGGACAGGCUUUUCGAGGUGGUAAGAUAGGCUAAUGGGACUAUCAUAAAGAUAGGCAAGAACACACUUAGUGAAAUUUAUGAGUGAUUUUCAGUAUAUCCUCAAGUUAAACUUUUUUUCAAAAUAUUUUUGUAUUUUUCCAAUUUGUCCUUUAUUUGCGUGGCCAUCUUGAAUAGUCAGCUAUUGUUUCUUAAGAGAGAACAAAAUCACUUAUUUGCCAUAAAAUUUGGACGCAAACAGAUUAUUGCACACACAAGAGGAAGAGAUGGUUUUGUUUCCUAUAACUUCCCUGGAUGUCUUCUUAAUCUCUAAGUGCACAAUUGUAAGUUAAAUUUUAGGGUAGAAGAUGCUUUUUUGAAGGCCCUUUUUUCCUAAAACAGUUAGCUAGAGCUAAGUAACAGUGUCUUCAAAUCACAGAUGCUAUAAGAUGAAAAUAAGACCCACAGUGCUUGAAUUACUACCCCCCACCCAAUUUGCCUUGCCAUGUAACUGCAAGGUGUGGUGCAUGUGCUCUCAUACAUAAAAUUAUUGUACCAUAUAUAUAUAUAUAUAUAUAUAUAUAUAUUUUUUUUUUUUUGGUUGCAAGCAAGACAGUUUUACUUGGUCUGUAGCUAGUAAUGAAAAGUUUAUUAGAUAGCUUUAUAUAGGGAAAUAAGGGAGAUCAAAGUGGCCAGACCUUAUGUACAAACUGGCUUCAUCAUACAGAUUUCAACUAGGUCUUAAUAGAAACUGGAAAAAAAUCAAUGCAACUCUAGUGACUGGGUGUGGCCGUCUUAGCAGCAGACAUAUUACUUCUCUGCUGCUAUUAGCCCUUUGCAGAUUCUGUUUUUACCUUUUAUUUUUAAACUAAUUACCUCAUUCUGUAUCUUCUCAAUAUGGUUAUAACUGCCUUAUUACUUCUGCCUGCCUUCUCUGUUUUUCAGCUAGCUUUCCCUCUGUAUAGCUUGAGUUCAGACUCCUGUAAGAGAAAAUCUGAUUGGUUGAGUUAGAUACAUUUCUUGCUGGGCAAAUCUCCCAUGCCAGGCAUCUUUAUAGGUUGCCGGCCAUAAGUGGGUUCAUAGAUUGGCUGCUUUGGGGAUAUGUGCUCUCUGUUGCUCCUGUCUAUUGGUGAUAUUGGUGGCAGAGUCAGUGACAUAAAACAUGUCUCUGGACCCUAAAAGGCACUUUGGUGGGAAUCUUUUAGAUCAUCUUUCCAGUAAUCAUCUUUCCAGUACGCAUGACUUUCUUCGAUUUUAACAGUGAUAUAUAAUUAGAUAAAGGGGAUUAAGAGUACACUUACCGUCAUGAGUACUGCAUAAUAUAUAGAAUUGGAUCAUAUUGUACACCUGAAACUAAUAGAACACUGUAUGUUAAUUAUACUACAAUUAAGAAAAAAAAGAGUUGGUAGGUACCAGAUUCAUGAUGUGAAUCUGUUUUGCUCUGAAAAAAAAAAAAAAACAAAAACAAAACCCACCCAAAAACCCAAAAAGGUGAUAGAAUUAAAGGUAACCUGCGGGGGUGAACUCUUAAUGUCGUACAGCACCUAUCCUUUCCAUACUGAGAAAAUGUGGGAAAGAGUUUUCUGAUCAGCAUCUACAAUUCCUUUUCUGAACUGACUGGUGGUAUUUCCAUCUUUGGCUUUGCAGAUUCAUAGUCUGAAGUUUCCACUCAGAAAGAACCAUUACAUCUCCUGUAACAGCAUAUUAGGCCAUUCUGUCAAUUGCGGCUGCUUUCGAGACACCUCCAAUUAUGCUGCACAGUUUGAGUUGGUGAUUUAGUGAAUCCUUAAAGUAUUGCUUUUGCUUUUCUACUUGUAUUUUCCAUAUUGGGGUUCACUUUGCAAUAGCUGCUUUAUAUCCUUUCAUUCAUUCCUUCAAUGACACAUACCACUGAGUGUCCAUCAUGUGCCUGGCACUAUUCCGUUCUUUGGGGUAACAGAAUAAUACAGUGAUUAAAGCACGGAUUUUUAAGAAUCAUGCAAACCUGAGUUCAAGUCUUGCUCCUUAACUUACUAGUUAUUUAAUUUUUCUAAGCUUCAGUUUUCUUGUCUGUAGAAUGGUAAUAUUAAAGACUACCUUAUAGGUAGGUUUUUUGUGGGAAUUUAUACAAAUUUAGUGAUAAUUUGUAUAUAAUAUACUUAGCACAAGACCUGGCUCAAGUAAGAACUCAAUAAAUGUGCAUUAUUACUGUUGUCAUAAUCACUAAAAAUGUUAUCAAUUUGCUGCUGAAAUACUUUUUAGCACUUAGUUUCUGGUUAUCUUGCUUUGCCGUUUGCAGUCCGUUGCCUUUUUGUUGGCAUUAAUCCAACCGUUUAAUGAAAAGUCGGAUGUAACAUCUGUGAUAAAGCCAAGAUACACAGCAGUUUAUUAAUUAAGUUAGAACGUAUUAUUUUAUGGGUCUUUAAUCUGCUGCCAUUUCUGAUAGGACCUUUUGCUGAUUAUUGAAGAAUUUGUUGAACUUUUCAUAUAAUUUUGCUUUGUGGCUAAUGUCUUACAGAAGCAUGUGUAGUCUGAGUAGCAAAACUCAAAGCAGCUUUUGGUUUUAUUCUUUUGUUGUAAACAUUGGCUGCACAUGAACAUACUCUGAGUUUAUAAGCCAGAAUUAUGUCUUCUCUUUGUAUCACCAGUGCCUCACAGUGUACCUGGCAUAAAGCAGGUGCUAAAAGAAUGUUGAAGGAAGGAAAAGGGGGAGGCAGGAACAUUACUUCAAUUAUCUUCAGGCUUAUCAUUAGUCUACCAUAUAUCUCUGCUUUUAAACUUUUUUUUUUUUUUUUACCAUUACCUCAUCUUCUGAUCUAUAUAGUUUCUCUACCUGUGAGUUCCUCUUUGUUUCUGUUACUGAUGGCUUCUGUUGUCUGCCGCCUUUGUGUGAACCUUUUAGCUUCUGCCAUGGCUGCUCAGUAGCGGUGACAGAUUCGAACUCAUGGGAAUGCUGUAUUGACUGUAUACGCUGUAAGUAAUCCAUAAUCAAUCACAAAAUGUAUGGAUGUACAUUUAGUGAUUUUGUUUGGAUAAUUCCUUUAAAGGUUUACUUUUGUUUAAUUCAUGCCUAUUGAAUUCUUUGAAGUGCAGCUCACAUUUCACUUUUUGUUCCACUCCCAGAUCUAAACAAAAAGCAGGCAAUAAUUGUUGAUUGCUUCUGUCAUUUGUAUUAUCUUAGGAAUUGGAAUUGAUUAGUCAUUUCAUUUAUCUGAUUCUCACAUUGCCUACUUCAAAACUUAGGCGCCAUCCUUAAAGCCCCCAACUGUGUUUUUACUUCCUUAGUAAGAAGCACCUUAGCCUGUAUCAUGGCAUAAGGUAGAGGACAUUUCUUUAUGCUCCCCUUUUGCAUCGCAAUUGUUUUUUGGCUUCUCUUCCUGCUUUGGUUCUUUGCAGAAAGAAGUGUUCUUCUUUUCCAAAUCUCACCAAUCUUUUCCCCCAAAUCCUUCCUCCAACAACCCUCCUCUCCUUCCCCCUCCCCAUCUUCUUCCCUUUCCAUAAGCUUCUCCCCCUCAGCUCACAAACAUGCUCAAAUUCCUUUCAGCCAGAAAGUAAAUUUUGCCUCCAUACUAUCUCCAAUCUAGUUACUGCCAUCUGUUCCUCCUUCCUUUCACUGUCUUGCUUCUGUGUGCUUUCAUACUGCUCUGUUUUAGCACUAAUUUCACUAUAACUGUCUAUUUCCUUAUCUUCCUCCUCCUCUACACUGUAAAGCUCUUAGAUCUAUGUCUUGAUCACCAUUGAUUCCUCAGGGCCUAGGAUGGUUCCUGCUGUGUGUAGGCAUUCAAUAAAUAUUUGUUGAGUGAAUGAAUGAUUUGGUGUCAUGCCUAUACCCUUUACUUGUGAACCAUUGGCAAUUUUUUUCCACCCCUACAUUUCUGUUAAAAGUUUACUUGAAGGGCAUCAAUGGCCAUAUAAAUGCUAAGUCUAGUGGCUUCUUGCUUUUCAUCAUGCUUGACCUCUUCAUGGCCAAUAAUGCUUACAAAUUUACUUUUCCCAGACUUUUAUGGUCACUUAUAACUGGGUCACCUUGGGCUAGUCUCAGCAUGGUAUUGCAUCCAAAAAACCAGACAGGCCCAAGAUUCUUUGGAAAAUAAUGACUCUGUUUACUAUUUUACAGAAAUUUUCUAAGGAGAUAAAAAGGUACAAUUACAUAAAGCUUAGUGAACUUCAUACAAGUUAUUUUACCAAUCUCUCUUCCCAAAUCCUCAUAUAACCUGGCAACUUCUUCCAGUCUCUUCUGUAACAUUUCCCCUAAAACCUUUUGUAAAGUUUCUACCAAAAACCCCUUGUUCACUUUUCCCAUCUUAUUUUCUUCCAAGAGUAACUUUUUCUAGCUUAAAUCAUUUUAGCCUCUCAGCUUCUUCCAGUUCUUUUCUAUAUCCAUUAUCCUGCUUAGCAUUCCAUAAGUCUAGAACAUUCUCUUGGUUUCAUCUGGUUUGCCAUUACCAACUUUCUUCGCAUGAUUUUUCUUAAUCUUGAGGCUUCAGAUCAGUUGCUAUGUCCUUCAGUAUUUCCUGACUUCCUAGGUUUGGCUAGGUAUCCCUCUUGUAUGUUUCUAUAGUGCCCCAUCAAUAACUAUAUUGAAGUGAUCUAUUUGUGUGUCUUUCCUAGGCUAUAAGCAUCUCGCGGGUAGGGCUUCUAUGUUUUCUUUAUGCCCCUGGCAUCUAUCAUAGCACCUGGAACAUGGUGGACGUUGAUAAAUACUUAUUGGACUGGUGCUCCUGUGAACUCUGAUCCUUUCUCUUUUGCCACUGGCCUUUGUUACUAGGCCUUUAAAUAUGGAACAGAGUUUCCUUAGUCUUUUUUUCUUUUUUAAUACUGUCUCAGUGAUUCCUUCACUUACAGAGCAUCAGUUAACAUUUCAGUGAAGAUGACCCCGGACCUAUUUUCUAGCCUGGCUGCUCUCCUGAUUAUAAGACCAUUUGUUUUCAAAGUUGCAUGUCAGGCAUCUCUCUAUGGAUGUUUCUCCAGCACCUUAAAUGCAACAAAAACUCAGUAAACUAAACUUACUAUCUUCACUUUAAACUUGUUCCUUCUUUACGUGUUCCCUUUCUCAGUUAUUCAUUCUCCUACCCUCCUAGUUGCCUAGACUAAUUAGAAUCCUAGGAAAUACCUUGACUUUUUCCCCCCUCUCUUAUACUCUUCACCUAAUCCGUGAUCGAUGCCUUUCCAUCCUGCCUUUUUUUUUUUUUUUUUUUUUUUUUUUUUUACAUUUGGCUCUUCCUUGCCAUCUCCAUAUUUAGUAGUUAAUUUGGACUCUUAUCUUGUACCUACACUAUUGCAUUAGUCUUGUAACUGACCCCCUCUCUAAUCUGUCUUCCAUGCUGCUGUCAGAACUAUCUUCCUAAAACACAGAUCUGCUGUUACUGUCACUUGAAAGACUUAUUCUCAGGUCUUGACUUAAUUGUCAUUUCUGAAUAAAGACAACCUAGGGGUGCCUGAUUGGCUCAGUCAGUUAAGUGUCUGCCUUUGGCUCAGAUCAUGAUCCCAGGUCCUGGGAUUGAGCCCCGUGUCAGGUUCCCUGCUCAGGGGGAGCCUGCUUCUCCCUCUCCCUCUGUCUCUUGGCUCUCACUCGCUAUCUCAAAUAAAUNAAA